AUGUCUAUGGAACAGGAGCGGGACGUUCUUCCGAAAGAGGAAAGCGAAAUCCGUACACAUGCUUCCGACGACAAUUCGUCAGAGGAAGGUGACGAUGUGAUGGACGAUUCUUCUGAAGAAGACGAGGACGACAACGACGAAGAAGCCAUCCAGAAAGUCAGGGAAGGUUUUAUCGUUGACGAUGAUGAAGACGAUGAUUUGUCCCUGAGAAAGAAACGCAGAAAGCACAAGCGUAAGAGAGAGAAGGAGAGAGCCUCGGAACCAAACGAUGCUUUAGACGAUGACGACUUGGAGCUUUUAAGAGAGAACCUGGGAGCUGCGCCCCUGAAACCUUCACAAAACAAGUUCAAAAGGCUCAAAAGAGCAGCUCCUGAAGAGGAUGACGAAGAGCCCGCAGAGGCCCCUCAACAAGGCAAACAAGGCCGUCUUACUGACUUCUUCUCUGAUGAUGAAGGGGAAGGUGAGGAUGCUGGAGGUGAAGAUGAAGACCGUGGUGGCGACCAGGGUAACAUUUUAGAUGAAUUCGAGGACUUUAUUGAGGAGGAUGAGUUUUCUGAUGAGGAGGAGGCCAAAGCACACAAGUUGCAGCAGCAGCGAGAAAGAGCCAAGCGGAAGGGCCCCAAGUUGGACACAUCCAAGCUUUCUAGUGUCGACAGAGAGAGUCUACAGCAGCUUUUCGAGGUCUUUGGCAACGGUGCCGACUACGAUUGGGCCUUGGAGGCUCAGGACCUUGAGGAGGAAGGCAACAACGAACAAGAGCCUACGGCGCUUGACGAGGUGUUCGAGCACUCGGAGUUGAAAGACAGAAUGCUUACAGAAGAGGAUAACUUGAUCCGUAUCAUUGACGUUCCCGAGCGUUUCCAGAAGUACAGAGCCAACCUCAACUACAUGGACUUGGAAGGUGCUGAAUUACAGCGUGAGAAGCGCUGGAUUGGUGACAUUUUGUUUGCUGAAAAACAGCAGACUUUCGAUGGUCCACUUAAGGAGCCUUUCUAUGAGGCCGUCGGCAAGGUCGUGGAGUUCAUCAGUAAAGACAACUGGGAGGUUCCAUUCAUCUGUGCCCACAGAAGAGAUUUCUUGAUCCACACAGAGGAAGUGCCCGAGCCCGAGGGCGGUGUCCGCAAUGUUGUUCACAAAUUGCUCUUUGAAGACGACUUGUGGCGUAUUGUCCGUCUUGACGUGGAGUACCACACCCUCUACGAGAAGCGUGUCAACACAGAAAAAAUCAUCGAAGCACUUCAGCUCGACGACGACCUCGUCAAGGAUAUUCAGUCUGUUGACUCAAUGGUUGCCAUUCAAGACUUACAAGACUACAUCAAUUUCACAUACUCGGCUGAAAUCAAGAAGCUUAGCGACUCUAAGGAGGAGCAGGCUGAAGGCCAGGACGAGGAAGCUAAGCUGGGCAAGAAGCACUCUAAAUAUGCCAUCUUCGAGCGAAUCCGUGAAAAUGUCUUGUAUGACGCCGUCAAGGGCUACGGCAUCACAUCUAAGGAGUUUGGAGAAAACGUCCAGGACCAGUCUCUCAAGAACUAUGAGGUGCCCUACAGAAUUCAUGCCACUGACGACUCGUAUGAAACCCCUGAUGACAUCAUCGAGAGACUUGUCGAGGACGACGAGAUCUUGUUCAAAGACCCCAAAAAUGCAUUGAGCGCUGUCCGCAAGACAUUCGCCGAAGAGAUAUUCCACAACCCCAAGAUCAGAUCCGAGGUCAGACAGGUUUACAAGAACUUUGCCUCGAUUUCCGUCACCUUGACUGAAAAAGGUCGUCUUAGCAUCGACAACCAUAGCCCAUAUGCUGACAUCAAAUACGCCAAGGGCCUUUCCCCUGCAGACUUGGUUAGCAAACCUGACGUUUUGCUCAGAAUGCUUGAAGCCGAGUCCAACGGUUUGAUCAUCAUCAAGGUCGAGACAUCCGACUACGACAGCUGGUUCCAAUCCAUCUUGAACUGUUUGACAUCGGACGGUACUUCUGAGAUUUCCGAGCAAUGGAACAAGGAGAGAGAGUUGACGUUGUCUAUGGCAUUCAAGCGUUUGACGUCCAUGGUUUCCAUGAACACCAAGGAAGACUUGCGUCGUGAGUGUGAACGUCUUGUGGCUGCAGAGCUCAGAACGAGGUUCGUAGCCAAGGUUGAUCAAGCUCCUUUCACGCCAUUUGGCUACGACAAGGGCACGAAACCCAACGUGUUGUCACUUUCAUUCGGCAAGGGUGAUUUUGACAGUGCUGUCGUUGGUGCCUUUGUGAGAGAUACUGGAAGAAUCAGCGAGUACUUCAAGUCUGACAACAACCCAACCAGAGACAGAGACAGUGGAGAACGUUUCGCUGGUCAGCUCAAGGAGUUCUUUGACACUAGACUUUACAACCACAAGCCUGACGUCAUUGUUGUCUCUGGUUACAGCGCCAACACAAAGAGACUCUAUGACAUUGUCAAGAACUUCGUCUCCAAAUACGAGAUCUUGUGUAAUGUUGAAGAUCUACAAGAUCCCGCUACUCCGCCAUUGCUUCCUGUCAUCUGGGGUCAGGACGAGACAGCUAGACUCUACCAGAGCUCCGAAAGAGCGGUUGUUGAGCUUACAGACAAACCUCCCUUGGUCAAAUACUGUGUUGGUUUAGCCAAGUACGUUCAGAGCCCGUUGUUGGAGUACGUCUCCCUCAAGGACAACAUUCUGUCUUUGACCUUCUACGAGCAUCAGAAGCUCCUUUCUGACGAUGUGGUUCAGGAAACUUUCGACACUGUCUUCAUUGAUAUCGUGAACAUGGUCGGCGUGGAGAUCAACGAGGCCCUUCGUGACCCAUACUACGCCCAGCUUCUACCAUAUGUUGCUGGGCUUGGACCCAGAAAGGCUUCUGGUUUAAUCAGAAACAUCACCUCGAAGCUUGGCACCUUGACCACCAGAAGUGACUUGAUUGAGAAUGAGCUCUCUACUGCAAACAUUUUCUUCAACUGCUCGUCUUUCCUCAGCAUUCCUUACGACGAGGGUGUGACUGUCAUGGACUCAUCCAUUGAGCUACUUGAUGCUACUCGUAUACACCCUGAGGACUACAGUUUAGCAAGAAAGAUGGCUGCCGAUGCCCUCGACUUAGAUGAAGAGGACAUGGCUCAUAUCGACGAGCAGGGUGGUAUCAUUUAUCAGUUGAUGCAAGAGGGCGUUAACAAGGUGGACGACUUGAACUUGACUGCUUUCGGUAAGGAGUUAGAGUCCAAGUUCGGCAAGAAGAAGUAUGCUACUCUUCAAAGUAUCAAGGAGGAGCUUGUGAACAACUUCGAAGAACUCAGACGCUCUUUCCACUUGCUAGAUGUCAUUGAGGUGUUCCGCAUGUUGACCGGUGAAACCAUGGAGAGUUUCAAUAGAGGUACAAUCUGUCCUGUCACCAUAAACCGUGUGGGCAAGAACUUCCGUGACGAGAACGCCAGAGUCAAAUUCUUGCGUGUUUCUACUCCAUCGCUCAUUUCUGGAACCGUUGAGGAGGGUCACAUCUUAAAGAACUCUGACUUCCAGCAAGGCCAGGUCAUUCAGGUUGUUGUCUUGGAUGUCAACUACGAGGGUUUUGGUGCAAGUUUCAGUGCCCUUCCCGAAGACAUCAAGAAGUCAUCUGGUCCCAAAUUCAUCAAAGACCCUCUUAAGUGGGACUUCCAGCUCGAGGAGCACGACAAACAAAAGGAAAGAGCCAAGGAGAAUGCCAAACUUGCAAAGACAAGAAACGUGCAGCAUCCACUUUUCCACAACUUCAAUGCCAGACAAGCCGAAGAGUACCUUGCGCCUCAGUCUGUUGGUGACUGUGUUAUCAGACCAUCAUCCAGAGGCCCAGAGUACUUGACUGCUACUUGGAAGGUGGCCAAUAACUUGUUCCAGCAUCUCAGUGUCAAGGAAAUUGUCCACAAUGCCGGCAAGGAAUACAUCGUCGAAGGUAAGAAAUACUCUGACUUGGAUCAGAUGGUAUUCCAGCAUGUUCAGGCAAUCGCCAAGCACGUCAAUGAGAUGUGCCGCCAUCCUAAGUUCCGUGAAGGUACCCUUUCGGAAGUCCACGAGUGGUUGGAAUCAUACACCAAGGCCAACCCCAAGAACAGUGCCUAUGUGUUCUGUUAUGACCACAAAGCACCAGGCUGGUUCUUGCUACUUUUCAAGGUGAACGUCAAGACGCCGGUGACGACGUGGCACGUGAAGACAGAAUGCAACGGGUUUGUGUUGAAGGGGUUCUCGUACCCCAACAUGAUGAGAUUAUGUAAUGGUUUCAAGCAGACAUUCAAGAGUCUUGUCAACGACAAGUCGAGAGGCCACAGUCAGCCAUACGGCGGCUACGGCUACUAG